UCUGUGCUGACAGGAUGAUACAGGGCUCGAACUCAAAAACCAUGAGAUCAUGCAGACACUUGACUGAUUGAACCAGCAGGCGCCCCAUAGUGUGAACUUUUUAUGUAAUGAGAGCUGCUUUUCCUAUUUUGCUUUAAACACUUUUUCCUAGCUCUUUGCCUUUUUAAAAUUCCGUAAGUGCACGUGGGCAAGUGUGGGUAUGCUGGCGUUCUUUCCCAGUGAGUCUUGCAGGAUGACCAAGUUUUAGAAGGUGCAGUAUAACCAAGAGAAGGAAGUCCGUUAGAAAGCUGAGCAUACUUUCUUCCUCUGUUUCAGUGGAGCUGCCCGUGGAUUAUUUCAGAAUCCCUGUCAUUGUUGUGUCAGGUGAUAAGCCUGUCUGUCUGCGGGAAGGAUUGCUGCUUAGGGAGAAUAAAGCAACUAGGAUCUAGUCCUGACUCAACUGUUGUCUAGACAUGUGCCUUGGAUGCGGGCUCUCUAACCUCAGCGUCUUCAUCUGUGAGAUUUUUGGAAGUCCCAGCACAGUGACACUUCCCGAAACUUUGUUGUUUGUGUCAACCCUGGAUGGAAGCUUGCAUGCUGUCAGUAAGAGGACGGGCUCAAUCAAAUGGACUUUAAAAGAAGAUCCGGUUCUGCAGGUUCCAACGCAUGUGGAAGAGCCUGCCUUCCUCCCAGAUCCCAAUGAUGGCAGCCUGUAUACACUUGGGGGCAAGAAUAAUGAAGGCCUGACGAAACUUCCCUUUACCAUCCCAGAGCUCGUACAGGCAUCCCCAUGCCGAAGUUCAGAUGGAAUUCUCUACAUGGGUAAAAAGCAGGACAUUUGGUAUGUUAUUGAUCUUCUGACCGGGGAGAAGCAGCAGACUUUGUCAUCGGCCUUUGCAGACAGUCUCUGCCCAUCAACCUCUCUGCUGUAUCUCGGGCGAACAGAGUACACAAUCACCAUGUACGACACCAAAACCCGCGAGCUCCGGUGGAAUGCCACCUACUUCGACUACGCGGCCUCACUGCCGGAGGACGACGGGGACUACAAGAUGUCCCACUUUGUGUCCAACGGCGAUGGGCUGGUGGUGACCGUGGACAGUGAAUCUGGCGACGUCCUGUGGAUCCAAAACUACGCUUCCCCUGUGGUGGCCUUUUAUGUCUGGCAGCGGGAGGGUCUGAGGAAGGUGAUGCACAUCAACGUCGCAGUGGAGACGCUGCGCUAUCUGACCUUCAUGUCUGGGGAGGUGGGCCGCAUCACCAAGUGGAAGUACCCGUUCCCCAAGGAGACGGAGGCCAAGAGCAAGCUGACGCCCACCCUGUAUGUCGGGAAAUACUCUACCAGCCUGUAUGCCUCCCCCUCCAUGGUGCACGAGGGGGUCGCCGUUGUGCCCCGGGGCAGCACACUUCCUUUGCUGGAAGGCCCCCAGACUGACGGGGUCACCAUUGGGGACAAAGGGGAGUGUGUGAUCACGCCCAGCACAGACCUAAAGUUUGACCCUGGGCUCAAAGGGAAGAGCAAGCUCAACUACUUGAGGAACUACUGGCUUCUGAUAGGACACCAUGAAACCCCCCUGUCUGCAUCUACCAAGAUGCUGGAGAGAUUCCCCAAUAAUCUGCCCAAACAUCGAGAAAAUGUGAUCCCUGCCGAUUCAGAGAAGAAGAGCUUUGAGGAAGUUAUCAACCUGGUCGAGCAGACUUCAGAAAACGCGCCCACCGCCGUUUCACAGGAGGUGGAGGAGAAGUUCGAGCAUGCCCCCGCUAAGCCCGAGGCCCCCGUGGACUCUGUGCUGAAGGACAUAGCCACCAUCAUCCUGAGCACCUUCCUGCUCAUCGGCUGGGUGGCCUUCAUCAUCACCUACCCCUUGAGCAUGCAGCAGCAGCAGCAGCUCCAGCACCAGCAGUUCCAGAAGGAACUAGAGAAAAUCCAGCUCCUGCAACAGCAGCAGCUGCCCUUCCAUCCCCCUGGAGACACGGCUCAGGACGCUGAGCUCCUGGACUCGUCCGGCCUGUACUCAGAGAGCUCGGGCACCAGCAGCCCCAGCACAUCCCCCAGAGCCUCCAACCACUCGCUCCACUCCAGCGGCUCUGCCUCCAGGGCUGGUGCCAGCCCCUUCCUGGAGCAGGACGAUGAAGAUGAGGAAACCAGCAUGGUGAUUGUUGGGAAGAUCUCAUUCUGUCCCAAGGACGUGCUGGGCCACGGAGCUGAGGGCACGAUUGUGUACCGGGGCAUGUUCGACAACCGCGAUGUGGCCGUCAAGAGGAUCCUCCCCGAGUGUUUCAGUUUCGCGGACCGUGAGGUCCAGCUGCUUCGGGAAUCAGACGAGCACCCCAACGUGAUUCGUUACUUCUGCACGGAGAGGGACCGGCAGUUCCAGUACAUUGCCAUCGAGCUGUGUGCGGCCACCCUGCAGGAGUACGUGGAGCAGAAGGACUUUGCCCACCUCGGCCUGGAGCCCAUCACCUUGCUGCAGCAGACCACCUCGGGCCUGGCCCAUUUGCACUCCCUCAACAUUGUUCACAGAGACCUGAAGCCCCACAACAUUCUCCUGUCCAUGCCCAACGCACAUGGCAGGAUCAAGGCCAUGAUCUCUGACUUCGGCCUCUGCAAGAAGCUGGCUGUGGGCAGGCACAGUUUCAGCCGCCGCUCAGGAGUGCCUGGCACAGAAGGCUGGAUCGCUCCGGAGAUGCUGAGCGAGGACUGUAAGGACAAUCCCACCUACACAGUGGACAUCUUCUCUGCGGGCUGUGUCUUUUACUACGUGAUAUCUGAGGGCAGCCACCCUUUUGGCAAGUCCCUGCAGCGGCAGGCCAACAUCCUCCUGGGCGCCUACAGCCUUGACUGCUUACACCCGGAGAAGCACGAAGACGUCAUUGCCCGGGAAUUAAUAGAGAAGAUGAUCGCAAUGGAUCCUCAGAAACGCCCCUCUGCGAAGCAUGUGCUGAAGCACCCGUUCUUCUGGAGCCUGGAAAAGCAGCUCCAGUUCUUCCAGGACGUGAGUGACCGAAUAGAAAAGGAAUCCCUGGACGGCCCGAUAGUGAAGCAGCUGGAGCGAGGCGGGAGAGCCGUGGUAAAGACGGACUGGAGAGAGAACAUCACCGUCCCCCUGCAGACAGAUCUGCGUAAAUUCAGAACCUAUAAAGGUGGCUCUGUCCGCGACCUUCUCCGAGCCAUGAGAAACAAGAAGCACCACUACCGGGAGCUCCCCGCGGAGGUGCGGGAGACGCUGGGCUCUCUCCCCGACGACUUUGUGCGCUACUUCACGUCCCGCUUCCCCCACCUCCUCCCCCACACCUACCGGGCCAUGGAGCCCUGCAGCCACGAGAGGCUCUUCCAGCCUUACUACUGCCACGAGCCCCCAGAGCUCCGGCCCCCCGUGACUCCAGACGCCCUUUGAGCUGGGGUGGCCGCCGUUCUGGUGGCCCCAGCUGUGACUGAGGGCCUGGUCUCUACCAGCCCGAGCCUGAUGCCUCCCGGCUUAGCAGGGAGACCAGGCCCCCAAACCAAGUGCCUUGAGCCCGCUCUACAGCCAGCAGAAGAUGAUGCUCACCCCAGGAAGUGGGGAACACGACCCCCCCGCCUUGGCCUGUAGGAUGCUGGGAAGCUGUUGGCCAUGAGAGCUUUACGUUCGGGGGUCCUCUGCUGAGGAGGGCCCGUCGCAGAGGCAGUGAAGGAGGCAUCCUCCACCUCCUCGUGGACACACGUGCUUCAGACUUACACUUGUUUGUAAACUUCCUGUUUGAUGUCAACCUGUGAGGAAGAGAGAGGAGGGAGUGCUACGUUUUGCCUACAGGCAGGACCGGGAGCAUCUCUCUCCUCGACCAGCUAGGCUGAGACGCACUCAGUGCAGCCUCUGCUCGGAGUGGGGCUCCAGAGGUGAGCGGCGCUAAGGAGGAGGAAGACGUUCAGAGGGUAUCGUUCCCCGGGGAUCACAGAUGCCUCACUCAUCAUGAACGUGCCCAAAGCCUCCCAGGUCACUACAACCAGUGUUCCCUGGGGGCAGUGAAGAGUCUGGAGUGUGGGGCGUGGCAUUGGGACAGAUCAGCACCACAUGCCCCGGUGGCCUUCGGUGGAUUUAAGGGGGUGCUUGGAGCAUUUGGGGGCGAGGGGUGGUAAGUUCCCCAUCACGAAGAGCAGCACCCAGGCGAGAGCAGGCCAAAUAGGACCCUCUCAGCCACCCUGGGAGAGCCCUGGGCCAGCAGGUGGGCAAUGAGGUUCCCCCAUCCCUGGACCCGGCAGGACGGGCCGGGGGGGGCGGAGCCAAGGCCAGGGUCACCACUUGCUUCGUGGGCAGGUUUUUAUGUUUCUCCUGGCAGAUUUUAAUAACUUUCUCUUUUGAACAUACUGUAGAAUGCUGCGUUAGCAUAGGUAAGCUGAACUUGAAGUUUACUUGUGAAGAAGCUAAAUGCAAGAUCUAUAGUACACUUUCUCUUUUGUGUGGCACCAAAAGUCUCCAUCCCCUCCAGAAAGAGCGUUCGUGUUCAGAACGUGCUCUACUGCUGAGGAGUAAAACAUUAGAGCAAGGCUAUAUACAUCCAUGAAACAGCUUCGAAGUGAUAUUCUCUACAUUAUGUCAGUACCAUCUUUUUUGCUAAAACUAGUUUAAUUUUUAACUUUAGUUUCAGUCAAAAAUUCCUCUGUCUUUUCUCUACCGAGAGCCUUAGCAGUUAAGUGAGAUCAGGGUACGAAGUAAGGAAAUGUCUCCCGUGUCCUUUGUCCAGCCGGGUGAGCACAUCAUCACGCUGCCUUCAGUGCUGGCGACCGACCUCCGAGACUCCACUCAGGAGCGAGGGUGUACUGACGGACCGAGAACUCACUGUUUCUUCUGUGACGUGCUUGCUGAUGGAUUUGUACGAGGGCCUUCUGCCUUCGUAGAAUUCCCUUUCAUAAUGCCUGAAGUCACUUUUUUUCUUAAAUUAGCAUUAUCCUGCGUCUUUAAACCUCAUCAGUUACCUCAUUGAUACCUUGGAACCCUGGCGUUUUUGGCUGACAUCGUGGGAUCUUCUGCCAUACUUCCCGUUUUUCAGGAACACAGCCAGACGCCUCUCCUCUCCCUGCUCUGAUGCACCCGCACCAUUGUCUGUAUGGCUCUGUGGUUGGUCAUUUCACAGCCGGGCCUGAGUGGUGAUGGCCUGCCAGGCAGUCAGGCGGAGAAGGUGCCACAAGGGACGAACAGGGCCGUCGGCCCUCUGUGCUGCCGGGACCUGGCCUGCUUUGGUCUCAUGGCUGAACAGUGUCCUGGGGGGAGUAGUCAGGUCACUUCUGGCUGCCCAGGGUUUGUGUCCUCUCCCUAUCUGGGCCCACCUUGUCUCCAGGAUGGCUGUUUUUUAAAUGCCUUUUCUCUUUAUCGCCUUCAUUUCUAACCACCCACCUUUCUCAAACUCCUGUAUUCGAUGUAUUUUAUUUUGAGUAGUCACUGUGUGAGCAGGCAGGAUCCUGGGUGCUGGGGAUGCAGAGGUAAACAAGAUAGGCAAAACCUCUGCUUUUUAAAGAGCGUGGAGUGAGAGAGAAAGUAAGAAAGUAAGCAGAAAGUAAGCACCAGUACUCCCGGAAAAGCCAGAGGGUGGGCAAGGGCAUUCAUUUGCUGUUCACACUUGUUUCUUAAAGCUGCCUGUGACCCAGAACCCGUCUGAUCUGGUCAAGUCUGCUCCGUUGGCCUUCUGUCCGUCGCUUUUCAGAAUCUGGUCACUCAUCAGUCCCUCGGGUGGUUUGAAGAGGUCUCUCGUGUGGGCACUUGUGGAAACACCUUGGGCAUCAUCUGCUAUAUCUUGUUCUAAUCUGUAGAAUUCUGGUUUCCUGUUGUGCUCGGCGUAGCGGGAAGGUGUCUUUUGCUAGAACAGGGUUUUUCAGCCGUGUGCGUCGCGUAGCAGCUGAGCUAUUUGAUCUUUAGUGUGAUUUCUAGAAGGCUGUUUAACUUUUUAGAAGUACGCUACUUUCAUUUUUUCCGACAGAAUUUAGUCGCAUCUGUUAGGAACCCCAGGGACACUCUCAUUAAAUCUUGUCUUGAACCUCGCGUUGAAUCGGUCUUCGGUGCGCCUGCCAGAAUUUCUCCUGUUGCUUCUUGAGUCUUUUUGACUUCAGCAUAUAAAGAGCUCACAUGUCACUAGGUAUCAGAGCACUUGCACUUUUGGGGAAUCCCUGGUGUCCUUGGUAAGUCACCGAAUCAUCUAGUGGCCGACAUAAAACCCGGGGCGCGGCAGGCUCUCCCUCCCCCUCCCUCUCCAUGCCAUAGUCCUCCUCGGUUCUUUCUGGUGAGACCUCACUCUGGCACAUAUUAGAGGAUCCACAGGUUAGCGGGUCCAGCGAAGUAUUUUCUUUCUGCCAACUCUAGAGGAAAGGUGUUUAUCUCAGAGUCAACUUUUGGUGAGGUUUUGUGCGAAUGUGACUUGUUUCCCGUUGCAGUUUCUCUCACUGCCGUGAAAGAUGAACCGGCUGCCCCCCUCGCACUUGUGGGGGGCCUCUGGCCUGUAGGCCUUUCUCCUCUCAGCUGCUGUCUCUUCAGAAGCCGCGCUCUGGCCAGGCCUGGAUGUCCCGAGACUGCUUUCAUUCUCCAGCCCUGUUCAUUGCAUCCUUGGCCUUGAAGUCCUCACAGAGGGUAGACUGGUUCUUUGCCCCCCAAGAGCUGGAUGAGGAAGCACACAGCACACCUGUAAAGAGUCUCUAAGUUCUCUUUAGCUUUCUCUCUGCUCGCUUAGUUCCUGAAAUCCCUUUUCUUUGUACGUGUCAGUGUCUUUUCCUUGCUGAUGCCUUCACCAUCCCGGAGCAGUCCUUUCAGUUGAGUAUGGCUUGGCAUUGGUCUUUCCUAGGAGAGAGUCACCAGGUGUCCCAUACGGAUGGGCCCAAAUUCCGCCUUCCAAGGUUGGACCAUUCCCUUUUAAAUCAAAGUGUCCCUUCUUCCCAUACUUUGUUUCUUUUAUGAAACAGUGAUUUCCCGUGAGUAACCCAGGUUCCCGUUUCUUGUAUCAGUGCGUAAACCCUUUCUGUUUUCAUUGGACAACCACAAAGAAAGCAUCCGCGACGAGCCUACCACUGGAGCAGCUUUAACGCUUCUGGCCAAAGCCCGCACCCCGCUCGCUUCACCCUGUGCUCUCUGUGUGUUCGGCGGGUACAGUAUUUCUUUUCAGUAUCCCAAAAGCUGUGACGGGGGAGUCCCCACUUACCUAGAAAGCAUUACCAGUCAAACAUGCAGCAUUCUCAGAUGCAGGCCUUACGUAGUGUUCCUUUUGCAAUGACCUAUUUAUUUAACCUAUUUAUAUUUAUUUAAUUUUUACUCUGACGUAUACCCGGUUACAAUUGCAGUUGCUUUGAAAGCACAUCAGAUUUGUUUUGGACAACACACCCCUGACCAUUUUAAAACUGGAAAAGUUCUACUGUAUCCUUCCACGGAAUGGAUGCCUCACAGUGGUUUUGUCAUUAAAGGGUGAAUGAUUUGGUCAGGGUAAAAAUUUUCAUUUUUAAGUGAUUUUUUUUUAAAGAAAAUUCUGUGCCAUUGUGUCUUCUCUGUGGACGGUUGUUUAAUGGGUAUAUGUUAAUUGUGUGAUAGAAUCCUCUUUGUGAACCUACAAUCCUCUUUUUAGCUUUAUAUUUUAUAAACUGCCAGAUUGUACAAUUUUUAUGUGUAUUUUUAAAGCUUGAUGUGAGGGUAAUUAUCUAAGUUAAACAGCCUAUUUUUGUACCUCCUGUACAGUUUUAUAAUUCUGCUGAUUCAUGAUGGCGUCUCAUGUUGCGCCAAUGACAAAUAAAGGUAGUUUUAGAUCCGGAA